UCAUAUUUGAAACCAAUGCGGAUGGCUCGCCUCGGUCAACGUUCACGGAGAGGUUGUUUGUAAAUCUACUAAACAUGAACCCACACCCCUGGCUGCCGUAAAGCAGGGAAAAAGAGACGUGAACGUCAACUAACAAGCAACUUGCUAGCAAAUGAAAUGAAUACUACAUAAGCGUAUUAAUGUUUCGGUUAAUAGUUCGCUUGCUUACCGACGAGCAUUUAAGAGAUAUAUAACGCUAGUUCUGUUGUUCGGUUAGAAUUGCGACAUUAUGGAAGUUUUACGUCCAGCUCUCAUCAAUAUAAAUGGGAGAAUGUACCGAAGGAAUAUCAUAAAGGAAGAACAGUAUGAGGAGGAAGAAGAAGAUGUGUCUUACAUGGGACCACCAGAGAGUGAAGACUUUGCAGUUGAGGAAACCUGUGAUGCCUUCCUCAUUGAAGAGACUGAUAAGGGAUACCGCUGUGCUAUCGAUGUCCCAAGUGUUCUUUACAAAUACAUCAUUGGGAAAAAAGGAGAGACACGCAGACGUCUGGAGUUGGACACAAAGACAUCUAUCAACAUCCCAAAACCAGGAGUGGAAGGACAGAUUGUUAUCACAGGGUCCCAUAAAGCUGCAGUCUCAUCUGCUGUCACACGAGUCGAGGUCCUCAUUGAGAGUUUCCGGAAGAAGCAGCCUUUCACGCAUUUCCUGUCGUUUCACUUGAAUGAUCCCAAAAUUCAAGAAGGCUUCCUGAGCUUUAAAGACGAGGUGCUGCUGCAGUGCUCGCAGGAUCAUGGAGUAGAGGGAAGCAUCUUUCAGAACCCUGCCAAGCUUCACCUGACAAUCGGCACCCUGGCUCUGUUAAACGACACAGAAGUGAGAAAAGCAUGCGGACACCUCCAAGAGUGCCAAAACUUCAUCAGAGACAUCACAGAGGGAAAGCCUCUGCCGUUGGAGGUGACGGGUAUAGAGUACAUGAAUGAUGACCCAGCCAUGGUGGACAUCUUGUAUGCCAAAGUCAAUGUGAAAGACAGAUCUGACAAGUUGCAGGUGAUUGCGGACCGGCUGGUAGAGCACUUUGUCUCUGCAGGGCUGAUGGUCAGAGAAUGGGACAGAGUGAAGCUGCACGCCACUGUGAUGAACACUCUAUUCAGAAAGGACUCCACGGUUGAAGACACGGGCGGCGCCAGAAGACAAACCAUGAGUGAACGAGAAGCGUUUGAUGCCAGAAACAUAUUAAAGAAAUUUGGUGCUUAUCGAUUUGGAGAGUUUAAGCUGAAUUCUGUCCUGCUGUCUCAGAGAUAUUCGACCGAUUGUUCGGGCUACUACACCACUGCAGGGAGCACCAACUUCUCAUGAGCUUCAACAGGACUGAGCAGAUUCUGAGUGCCGUCCCCACAUGAAGCCACAACCCUGUUCCCACUCCCGUCUGUCGAGUGUGUCAGUGAAUACAGACAUCGGACACAGAGCCCGGCCACUUGCUCUCUCUCUCUCUCUCUCUCUCUCUCUCUCUCUCUCUCCGUCAUGGAGCUUUUUUCAACCCUCCCCUCAGCUGGCGAUGUGCUCUGCUUGGCAUGCAGGAGGGCGAUCGCAGACCGGCCAAAAGUUACACUGAUAGAAACUGAGGGUGCUUUUUGUCUGUCAGCUCAGCCAUCCCAUGCUGUCCACCCUCCUAAUUUAGCUUGUGGCGUGACUCCCUUUUUCCCCCUCCUGUUGUCCUGGAGCUAUGUCAACAGACACCAUUACACAGGCACAUGCAAAUUUCCUCAUCAGGCAACAGCCAGCCAGUUGGGCCGUCCAUGCAUUGACAUUGAAAAUGUGUCUUAUCCGACCCACGAAAGGCACCUAAUUAUCCUGUCCUGUCUCCUGAGAGCGUGCUCGUUUGUGGAUCAGGAGUACACAUCCUGUGUAAUGGCACUCUCAGGUAACAGAUACAGAGAGGAUUCUGGGAAUUGCCACCACUUGCUCAUAAGCACACCGAGCGGGAGAGAGAGAGACGGUGAUUUGCAAGUUAAUGAAAUUCAUUGAGAAUGUGCGUCCUCGCCUCUUUUGGCAGGGACAUGAUUAAGGAUGUGCUAGACAGAUGUCCUCACUAAUGACCGUACUGAAAACACACACGAAGGAUCGUACGUCAUCCGCAGACAGAUUCAGACACCGAGUGCCUUUCAUUUGUUUGUGGAUUUGAAGAUGUUUUAGUAAAAUGGCCAUAUGUGUGUUGUUAAAAUUCUUUCAUCAUUUUCUCGAUUCAUUUAACAAUCAUAAAAUGUUAACAAGUGGGUAACACUCAUACCGAAUAGAAAGAUGUCAUAAAUGGUUUAUAAAACACUGUAAUGUAGUUGUAAACAGCUAUAAGGAAAUUUGUAUGUGUUUAUUAUGUGGUCUAUGAAGACAUAUUAUAUUAUUACGGGUUUGUUUUCCCAAUGUGGUCGUUCAUCAUGUUAUUACAAACACCUAUAACUCUAAGUGGGUUAUACACCAUAUGUCGAAUGUAAUAAUAGAUAUAAAACUGUGGAAGAUUCCUACAUUUGGUGGAACAAGCAAAUGUUUGGCGUUUUUGUCUGAUGAAUUCGGUGCAAUGAUGAUUGAUGGCCGGCCAUAAUAAUGCACUUUAGUCACAUUUCAUUUAGAAAUCUAACAGAAAUGCUACUUUCAGUUUUUUUGUUUGAUUGCUACAGAUUUAAAUAUGUUGUGGGAAAUGAUUUCCAUUGACUCAACAAAGUCAUGUUGCUUUGUCGUCUGUGUGGGUGAGCUUGCUUACGCACUUCCCGACAUGCAUAUUUCUUCUGUCCCUGCCACAUCUCUCACCCUAAUUAGUCAGCUCUGUGCUGCCUGCUGUGGAAGCUUCCAACCUGACCCCUUGAGAGUUCCAGUAUACGUUCCACUCAAUGAGACCUCGGUGUCUGUCUGCGAUACCGUGGACCUUUUUUUGUGGAUCUGCAUCCUUAUAUCUGAGGAGACUCAGGAGCUGGGUUUGAAACAUUUUUUAGAAGUGUGUUAAAAGUGUAGGAAGAAAAAGUUGUGAUUUUGAAAAUGAAAGCAAAGCAAUCGCUUAGAUGAGUCCAUAAAAAAAUUACAUUGAACCUUUUCAGCUAUUCAAAUUAAUUCAUGUUUGGUAGCUGAAGUCUUGCGUUAUCUCAACCAAGUAUUGUUUAGGUCUCUAUCCAAUUUGCAUAUUUAAUUUCAGGCCAGUUUUCAAAGUUGGUAUUUUUUUUUUUUUAUGCAAAGGCUGUUUUCAAAUAGGUCGUACUUGAUCAAUUGUCAAACUUUUUUUUCCGCACAUUUUGGAUUUUGAUAUUCAUAACCGCACUAUACCACUUUUCAUCGUGUGAUUAGAAAUCAAGCUUUCAUUCAGAGGAGCCGGCGCUAGCAUCUGCUGGCACAGAGAAAGAUGCCAUUUGACAGACGUGGCAUUUUGAACACAGUAGAUAUGUUUUGAUUUGUAUUCUCGCAGUACUAACACACAUUCAAUUGAUUUGAAGUGGCUAAUUACUUCUUAAGGUCACGGUAAGUUUUACCCAUCUGUGCCUUUUUUAAAGCACCAAUGUUGAUCAGGUCCAAAGGAUAUUCUGAUCCGAAUCCAAUUAACUGAAAGGGUGAACUUGACAGCGGGGAAGCAUUAAGAUGACAUUUCAGUAGGUAGCCUCGCGGUCCGGUAUCAGCUUUCCCCCUUAACAAGCUUGAAUCCUCAGAUUGUUUUAAGAGGAUCUUUUGAUCGAUCAAACACGUCUCUCCACGAGAAGUUAAAAAGGUGCUCCACAAAUGAUCCGGCUCGACGAAGUCAGCGAAUCUCUCAAAUUGGAUAUUGUUAGCGGUGAAAUAUGACAGCGCGCCUUCCUUUUGAGUGGUCUCUCGUGUUGGAUGUGACUCUCCAGCCCGAGUGUCACCGCCGUUUGAAUGUCACACUAAUCACUCUGUCACUAAUGGGCACGGACGGCCUUGAAGGACGGCCAAGGCUAGAGUAUUUGAAACGUCUAAUCUGUGUCUCCAGCGAGGAGGCAGGUGAUCGCUGCGGCAGCUCUUUAUCAUUCAGAGUGCUGAGUCUGAAGGCUGCCUGCAGCUGUCCACGUCUGUUUACUGCUGGAGGCACAAAGCCCAGUGUUUGAACAGCAGGUAGUCAUUCUGAGCUGCUGUUUACUUUAUGUACACUUUGCACUAGGAGGGUUUUAAAUAGAGCUGCGACUAUUUUUUAUUAUUAUCAUCGAUUCAUCUCUAUUAUUUGUGUGGAUAAAUGCGUAGCGUAUAAAAUGUCAGAAAAUACUGAUAAUCCACAUUUUAAGAUGAGGUCUUGAAAUUGCUUAUUUUGUCAGACCAACAGUCCAAAAUCCAAAGAUAUUGAAUGUACAAUGAUAGAAAAGCAACAAAUCCUCACAUCGUAGUAGCUGGAACUAGUGAAUAUUUGGGCAUUUCUUUGGUUAAUAAUUUGCUUAAAUGAUUAACCGUUUAUUUAAAUCAUUGAUUGUUUCACCUUGAAAUGAAAUCUGUUUUUUUAUAUCUGUGCCAGUUUAAUUUGUAAAUAAUUUAGUCAGGGCAUUAAAGCAGCAUGAAUAUAUUUGUCUGUAUGCUUGGGGGCAGAGGGAGAAGCUAUAAACCCCAAAUAUUAAAUGACAUAUCAUCAUCACCUUGCAGCGGUGUUACCCAUUUCCUCCUACAGCAGACAAGGAGCAGCAUUAGCAUUCCUUUGGAGUCGUGUUUCUGUCCACCUGACGAACAAUAUUCACUCUCCUUUUAUCUCUGUUUUUGAUCUCCAGCAGCUCACGAGGCAAAUAUCUGUCUCUUUAGCAGCUAAAUGCUCCGGUACGUUCACCAGAUAGUCGCGAUGAUGGCCUCAGAUUUGAUAUGCAGAAGUUGACUGCUGUAAACUCUCUCCGCAUCGGAAGCUGUAAACCAUGAAACAAAUGCUCCUCCUGACUUCUCCUCAAGUGUUUUAUCCACCCUCUUCAAUCCCAUCACACAGCACGUGAUGCUGUUUCAUAUUGGAAGGAUGCAGAGUAGUACAACUGAGGGGGGGGGGGGAUUUGUCAUUUAUAAACUGGAUAUGCAGACCGAAAACAAAUCAUCUAGAGACUGAGCAUGUCAAGAGUUCCCAAUAUUAGCCAGCUUCUCUCUGCUGUGUACAUUUAAUUGAAAAAAAGAUGCUGCACUCUGUUCCACCCCUGCUGCAGCUGCCCGCAAGUACAAAACCAGUAGCUCCAGUACUUUCCUGGCAAAUGCGAGCUGCCUUCAGACGGCUCUCGACUAACUUUGCACUUUUAAUAGCUGUGUGACCCAGUUUGAGUCCAAUUGAAUUAGAGCUAUAUGCGUUUCGAGCAGCUCCACUUACAGCUUGUAAGUCACUCGAGAUUACUUGUAAAAUGCCUCCCGAUGUGGUUUUAUUUUUUGAUGGUUCUCCAAUCCAGGAACUUGCUUUCAGGCUACGUCUUUUUUUCUGAACACUUUACAGCGGCAGUCGCUGUCCACAAAGAGGCCGUGGUGGCUGCUGUGGAAGAAGUGCAGAAGCAGAACUUGUUUAGUUUUUAUGUAAUGGCUUAAUGUACAGGCUGAAAAAUAACAACAUACGGAACAUACACGUAAAUUACAAAACACAAUGCAAAAGAUGUGAUUCAAUGCAGCACACUACACUAAUCUUUGGCUUUUCCUUAAUAUACUGGCUAAAUAAAUGUAAACUGUCAUUAGUAUUUGAUUUUUAGAUUAGUUGAUAGACAGAAAUGUAAUCAGCAAUUGUAAUUGAUUAAUUUUUUUUCUUCCAUUUAUCAAAAAAAACAUGUUAAACAUUGAAUUAAAUUCACUAGCCGUCUGAAAUGUGAGGAUUUGCUGCUUUAUUUUGUUUUGUCAUUUAAAAUUGCACGUAUUUUUGUUUAUGGCCUGUUUGUCAGGCAAAACAAACAAUUAUGUUGAUGUAUCCUUAAACA